GUGUGUGGGCGGGGCAGGAGGCCCCGUGCCCGGGCUCUGUGAUUGGGAGAUAGAGACAGAGAGAGCCCGGCCGGGCAGUGUGUGCGCUGCACGAAAAUGCACUCGGAUGCUGCCGCUGUCAAUUUUCAGCUGAACUCUCAUCUAUCAACACUGGCAAAUAUUCACAAGAUUUACCACACCCUCAAUAGGCUGAAUCUGACAGAAGACGUUGGUCAAGACGAUCACCAGACAGGAAGUCUCCGAUCUUGCAGUUCAUCAGACUGCUUUAGCAAAGUGAUGCCUCCAAGGAAAAAGAGGAGACCUGCAGCCGGAGAUGAUUUAUCUGCCAAGAAAAGUAGACAUGAUGGCAUGUAUAGAAAAUAUGAUUCAACUAGAAUAAAGACAGAGGAAGAAGUCUUUUCAAGUAAGAGAUGCCUAGAAUGGUUCUAUGAGUAUGCAGGGACUGAUGACGUUGUAGGUCCUGAAGGCAUGGAGAAAUUUUGUGAAGAUAUCGGAGUUGAACCAGAAAAUGUAGUUAUGCUUGUUCUAGCUUGGAAAUUGGAUGCACAAAACAUGGGUUAUUUCACAUUGCAAGAAUGGUUAAAAGGAAUGACAUCGCUGCAAUGUGAUGUAACAGAGAAACUGAGAAAUUCCUUGGAUUACUUGAGAUCCUUAUUAAAUGAGCCUACAAAUUUUAAGCUAAUUUAUAGAUACGCAUUUGAUUUUGCACGGGAAAAGGACCAGCGCAGCCUAGAUAUAAAUACUGCCAAGUGCAUGUUAGGACUUCUAUUGGGAAAAACAUGGCCUCUUUUUCCAGUAUUCCACCAGUUCCUAGAGCAAUCAAAAUACAAAGUUAUCAACAAGGACCAAUGGUGUAAUGUGCUAGAAUUCAGCAGAACAAUUAACCUUGACCUCAGUAAUUAUGAUGAAGAUGGAGCAUGGCCAGUGUUGUUGGAUGAAUUUGUGGAGUGGUAUAAAGGGAAACAGAUGACAUAGGAGUUUACUAUGCACAGCCGCUCAAGAGUCACUGUUACCACAGUUGUCAACCAUUAGCCAUAAACUGCUGUUUGUAUCAAAGCGCAUGCUGCUUUUCUUGCACUGUAUCCCUUUUGCAGGGAACUUUUGGUGUUUGCUAUUUAACAGGCCAGCUAUGCUUGCUGUGUAGCAUUGUUCUCUUUGAAGGCUGCUUUGCAUUUUGUAUUUACACUACAGAUUGGUGAGCUUGCAAGCAUCCUCACUGUGAUUAUGUGUAUAUUGCUGUCUAAAUUUUGUAUAUGUGUAUAAAAAAGCUUCACCUAGGGAUUAUUUCUGGAGAAAUGUAUUGUAAAAAUAAUUUUGUGGCAUAUUUCUAGUCACCUUCAAUGAACAUGUAACUUCUAGUUUUUGUUUUUCAUUUGGUCUCAAAUGUAGCAUUUCAGAAAACAAAAUUAAGACUGUUUGAACAUAGUUAUCAUGAGCAGGAACUGUUGGCAGUUCUAAUUUUACUAUUUAAGAUGCCAAUUUUUGAGACAAGGAGAGGUGCAUUAUGAUUUUCUUCACAGGCAUAUGUCAAACAUCACUUUUGUUUAGUAAGAAGUAUUGAUGUCUUUUUUAUUAUUAUUAUUACUAUUAUUAUUAUUACUAUUAUUAAAAUUGUAAUAGUUGUACAUGCCACAGAUGAUUUCCACUUGGAGAAGAAAGUACUGGCUUUUUAAUGUCAAAACUGCAGUAGUUUGAAUAUAGGUACAAGUGAACAAAUUAAAUUACCUUUUAAAAAUGG